AUCAAUGCGAGAUAGUAAAUUGCACGCACAUAUAUGCAUGCUCUUUUGAAACGACGUGAUCGAUGGGAUAAAUUGUCAGUGCAAAUGUCAAGUGUCAGACACUGAUCAGCUGACUUGUAUCCUUGUGAUCGCGUACUCGCAUAUUGGGCAUUACUACGCUGCAUGCUUAAAUCAACAUUCUUGGUCUUUUAUUCCUUUUUCACGUUGGAACUGUACAUUGUAUUAAUUUGAUGUAACGUCACAAGUAAGUUGUCAACUUACUCAAGAUGAAGCCACGUUUUGACUGGCUGGCUUUUACAGUCAUCUUUUGCUUACUGAGUGCACUGCUGUACUUCAAUACUUCAGUGGUGCCCCAGAUACAGAUUGUUUUACUGAGCUCUCUGCAAAAUGAUCAGCAACAACUCCAAGGAAAUCCCCUCCAAGGUAACACCUACAACAUUGAUAAAGCAGGCCCAUAUGUUAUCACAGCUCAUUUGUUAAACAAAGGCAGUUCUGAAAAUCUUGUGGAAACCAACUUGACAGAGAACUUAUCUGAUCAAAAGCAAAGUUUGAAGAAUAGACAGAAAGUGAAGGACAGUUGCAGUAAUUUUAAAGAUAGUGAGAAAUUUGACUGUGAUCCAGAAGGAUCAGUAUCUGAAGCCAAAUGUCAGGCGAGGGGGUGUUGUUGGCACCCCCAAGUAAAACCACCAUCUCAUCCUGUUAGAGGUCUGCCACUAGGUGUUCCCUGGUGCUUUUACCCUGAUGGCUACCCGGGUUAUAUUGUGGACAGUGUUGACUACCGCCCCACUGGGGUCAGGGUUCAGAUCUCCAGGAAAACUAACUCCUACUACUCCGACGACAUCAAGACAGCUGUAAUGGAUGUCACUUAUAGAUCGGAUCAAACACUGAGGAUCAAGAUAUUUGACCCCAGUAAGAACAGGUACGAGGUUCCGAUAUAUGGCUCCCCAUCAACUCAGACAACCAAUGACACUCUGUACAGCUUCUCCGUCAGUGAGGUGGGGCAACCAUUCAACUUCCAGCUGGUCAGGAAAACUGCCACGGGUCUAGUACCGGUCAUCGUAUUAAGGACCAAUCGUACAGCACCAUUCAUGUUCAGUGACCAGUACAUCCAGCUAGCCUCUUUCUUACCCUCCAACUAUAUCUACGGUCUGGGAGAACACAGAGGGAGUCUACUUCAUGAUGUAAACUGGAAACAGUUCACCAUGUGGAACAAGGACCGUCCACCAAAAGAAAAUACUAACCUGUAUGGUUCCCAUCCAUUUUACCUUGUAAUGGAGGGCAGAGAUGGGGGGAGCCAUGGAGUCUUCCUUGCCAACAGCAAUGCUAUGGAUGUAAUUCUGCAGCCAGCACCAGCUAUAACCUGGCGUACCAUUGGUGGGAUUAUUGACAUGUAUGUGUUCCUUGGGCCGUCUCCAGCUGCUGUUAUUCAGCAGUACACAGAGGUCAUAGGGCGAUCGUUCAUGCCGCCCUACUGGAGCCUUGGAUACCACCUGUGUAGGUGGGGUUAUAAGACAGCUAAUGGCACCCUCGCUAUCACAGACAGGGUUCAAGCAGCGGGGAUUCCACAGGAUGUCCAGUGGAACGACAUUGACUACAUGGACAGGAAGCUAGACUUCACCACUGGACCAAAGUUUGGUGACCAAAGCACCAUGGUGGACAAUCUUCACAAGCGGGGAAUGCACUACAUCAUGAUACUAGAUCCAGGAAUAAGUACCUCACAAAAGCCUGGCUCCUACAUGCCUUAUGAUGUUGGAAUCAAAAUGGACAUCUUCAUCAAAGACAGCUCGGGAAAACCUAUUGUUGGCAAGGUGUGGCCAGGUAACACUGUAUUCCCAGACUUCACUCAUCCUUUAGCAGCCCAGUACUGGACCUCACUGAUCAGGGAAUUCCACGACAACGUUCCAUUUGACGGGAUAUGGAUUGAUAUGAAUGAAAUAUCCAAUUUUGUUGCUGGCUCAUUAUCUGGAUGUCCCUCCAACUCAUCUCUGGAGAAUCCUCCCUAUCUGCCAGCUGUGGAAGGAGGAUCUCUACGAUUCAACACAUUGUGUGCCUCGGCAAGGCAGAACUUGUCAGUGUGUUACAACACUCACAAUCUGUAUGGCCUCACAGAGACCAUGGCAACAUACAAAGCUCUACAACUUGUACGCGGGAAGAGACCUUUCAUAAUAUCCAGGUCAACCUUCCCCGGUCAAGGUCAAUUUGGAGGUCAUUGGUCAGGAGACAAUGAUGCUACAUACAGUGACAUGUACUUCUCUAUACCAGAAAUACUCAACUUCAACAUGUUUGGAAUUUCCAUGAUUGGGGCUGAUAUCUGUGGUUUCCGGUCAGAGACAAAUGAACAAUUGUGUGUCCGUUGGCAUCAACUUGGAGCUUUCUAUCCAUUUUCUCGUAACCACAACACUUUAGGAAUGAAGGACCAGGAUCCGGCUGCCUUCAGCCAUAAUGCUGUGAUGGCUAUUAAGUCAGUGUACCUGGUACGCUACUCCUUACUUCCCUACCUCUACACUCUUUUCCACAAAAGUCACCAGAUGGGACACACCGUUGCCAGACCACUGUUCUUUGAGUUUCCAGAAGAUGAGAAGACUUAUAGUAUUGAUCGCCAGUUCUUGUGGGGUGAGGCACUAAUGAUUUCACCAGUCCUUACAAAGGAUGCCACAACUGUCGACAUAUAUUUCCCGGGGUUUAGAUGGUACGACUUCUACAACGGUCGCCAUAACUAUACUACUGGUAGUGUACAGAACCUGCCUGCUCCCAUCAACCAGAUCAACCUACACGUGAGGGAAGGGUACAUCCUUCCCAUGCAGGAACCUGCCUUGACUACAACAGACAGCCGAAAGAACCCCUUUAGUCUGCUGGUGGCUCUGAACGAGAAGGGAGAGGCACAGGGAAGCUUGUUCUGGGACGAUGGAGACACAAUAGGAACCUAUACAUCUGAAAAGUAUAUCACGAUGCAGUUUCAAGCUGGAAAGCAAGUUUUACAGAGCCAGAUAUUGCAUAAUGGUUACUUGACGUCUGCGACCUGGGGUAGCAUAACAGUCUAUGGUGUGACACAGAACCCAACAUCAGUCACAGUCAAUGGACAGACUGUAAAAAACACUUACGACCACAACUACAAGGUUCUCCAUGUCAGCGACCUUACUCUGGACCUGGUGCUGGCCUUUAAGAUGGCCUGGAAAUAGAGAACAGAUACAAUCCCUCGUAACAAAGAACUGCUGGGUUAAUUUCAUUGUCAAAACAAAGUGUACAGAUUUUGUUGAAGUUUUAUAUCUGUAAGUCACAAAAACUGUUUUACUACUACAAGAUGACACUGGAUUGUCAUCUCCGAAGUAACUUGACAAUCUUUUUACAAAAAGAAUUAUUUUAGUCAAAUCACUUGUUAUUAACUACACAGGGUUUAAGUUGUAUGCCAAACAAAAGGAUUUUCCUUUGAUAUUUUUAUUCAUUGUACAUGUUUUGUGGCACUAUAUGUUGCAUAAUGAAAAAUCAGAAUUGUAGUUGAUCUUUCGUCUUUCUGGGGAGAGACAAGUUUGAUUUUGCUGUGAAAUUAUUGAAUGAGAUAUAUAUUCUGGUGUUAUAUUGUGUUAUAAUGUGUUAUGAUGUGUUAUGAUGUGUUAUUGUAUGUAUAACAAAUGUGUUUUAAUGUGAUGUAGUGGACUAUAGCAUGUAAGCUGUGCUAUAAUGUGAUAUAUUGUGAUUCAUCUUGACCUCUUUCCACAGUGCGUCAUAUGUUCAAAAUUUACAUUUUCAAUGUAAAGUUCAAAUAUAACAUGAUUCUGACUAGGUGCCGCAUCAGCCUUCUUCAAAAGCCAUUUUGAUCAUUGCAAUGUUCUAUACAUAGUCCUGACGAAAUGUUAUUUUUCAGGUGGGUGAGAAAUCCAAUUUGGUUGCCUUGGCUGCCAUCUUGAAAUUCUAGUUUGAACUAAAACUCAAGUUCUAAUAAGACAAUUCAACUAAAUUUGGUAGAGAUUCCUGGGUCUUGACAGUGUUGUCAUUUUUCACUUUUGAUCAAAAAUUCAAUAAUGUAGUUUGGAGGGAAAUAGUAUAUAGUUUGGAGAGGGGAUAGUAUAGUUUGGAGGGGGAUAGUAUAGUUUGGAGGGGGGAUAGUGUAGUUUGGAGGGGGGAUAGUAUAGUUUGGAGGGGUAUAGUAUAGUUUGGAGGGGGGGAUAGUAUAGUUUGCAUGGAAACAAUGUUUUUGGUAUCUCUAUUCUGUAAACAAAUUGCAAGCAUGAUUUUUGAGGUUUAUGAAGGUCAUAGUAAUGUGAACUGUUAUGCCUGCAGCCUCAGGUCAUAGUAAUGUGAACUGUUAUGUCUACAGCCUCAGGUCAUAGUAAUGUGAACUGUUAUGUCUACAGCCUCAGGUCAUAGUAAUGUGAACUGUUAUGUCUACAGCCUCAGGUCAUAGUAAUGUGAACUGUUAUGUCUACAGCCUCAGGUCAUAGUAAUGUGAACUGUUAUGUCUACAGCCUCAGGUCAUAGUAAUGUGAACUGUUAUGUCUACAGCCUCAGGUCAUAGUAAUGUGAACUGUUAUGUCUACAGCCUCAGGUCAUAGUAAUGUGAACUGUUAUGUCUACAGCCUCAGGUCAUAGUAAUGUGAACUGUUAUGUCUACAGCCUCAGGUCAUAGUAAUGUGAACUGUUAUGUCUACAGCCUCAGGUCAUAGUAAUGUGAACUGUUAUGUCUACAGCCUCAGGUCAUAGUAAUGUGAACUGUUAUGUCUACAGCCUCAGGUCAUAGUAAUGUGAACUGUUAUGUCUACAGCCUCAGAUCAUAGUAAUGUGAACUGUUAUGUCUACAGCCUUAUUGUUUGGUCAUUGGAGCACAUGGGACCUCUUUUCCUAAAUUUACCCAUUUAGAGAAAAAGACAAAAAAAUAUUAUUUCUCAUUACUAAAAUGAUAUAUUUUAGUGUGUUUUGUUGCUCCCAUGAUUGGUAACAAAACUGUCUUGUUUUGUGUAAACAAUUGUUUCCACUUCAUAUUCAUGUUAAAGCCGAUGGGCCUAUUCAAACAAUAAUACACAUCUUGCCAUUGGUUUGAUAUCUUGCCUUUGAUUAUCUUGUUUGCUGCUAAGAGCUAUUAUACGCAAAGAUUAUAUUCUGACAUGAAAACUUAUAAAAAUCAUCUGCUCUCAGCUGAAUGUAACUUAAACAAAUGUAAACACAUACGUGUAUACAGCUGUUAUGUUGAUGGGCAUAUUACCUAGUAUGUUAUGCUGUUGAAUGACUUAUUUCAUCAUGAAGAUAAAAUAUUAUAUAUUCAAUCGAUUUAAAUUGUAGUGUAUCAAUUUGUUUCUCCAGUAGUGGUUAGACGGGACUUUAACAGUUUUUAAUUACCAAAUUUCAGUGGGAAGACAGUUUUAGAUAACAGCAGUUCUGUGACAUUCUGUUUUCUCAGAACAUGUAUUUUUUUAUUUUGUUUUAUUACACAGCCAUUCAUUAAAAAAGUACUUUCAUUGUGAAUUCACGACAUCAUUUCACCUCACAAUGGGUUUUGUUACUCAACCUGAAACUCAGUUAGUUUGUUAUUACACAUGUUGACUAUGGAAAGUGCAUGUGAGGAUUUUUAUUAUGUAGUGACUGAGCGGCGUUUAUUUUUAUUAUCAUGCCGGUGUCCUAUAAAAUUUUCAUCCCCAUAAGAUACCUAUCCGGAUGAGUUUUAUGGAUGUAGCCAAUUUGUGUUCAUACCGGCAUGAAAAUUAAAAGUAACGCCAUUCAUUCUAAAUAUUUACAUUUUUACUAUAGAACAAUUGUUAAACUUUAUUUAUUUGUUCUUAAAACAUUUUUCUUCUUUACUGCAUUUUGAAUAUGCGUCAUCCUUAAAACGACAUUGGCAGAAAAGCCCUAUUUAACUAAAAUUGGCACCAAUAAUUAACCGUAGUCAUUUGAGCGUUUGACACAGGGGCAUUCUCCAUGUCAUCCGAAGCGAAGCGACAAGACACUCAUUGAACAAGGUUUAUCUAUGACAUUGCUUUCAUUCUCAAAUGAAAUGUAUUUCUGCUGGUAAUGUUCAUAUAAUGGGUUGCAGCACAAAUGUAAAUAUAUGAUUAUAUAGUUAUUGGUAUGCUGAGUAGCUGAUAAAGACGUGUACAAGAUCUGUGGUGUAGAAGUUAUGUACUGAAUUUAUAACUGUAUUUCUGGAAGGUCAGAUAUGAUAUUUUCACCUUUAUUUUUGCUCUGUUAUUAAUACCUGAGAGUGGUGUAUGAGUGAAGUAGUUGGACAAAUGUUGGAUAUAAUGGAAUGUGAUGGUAGUACAGUGUUGUUUAUGAUAGACUAAGUACAGGUAGGUACAGUUGUGGGAUCACACAACGUUACACAAUGUGCAGUGUGCGCACGCACGAUGUGCACAGAAUGUUUGCACAGGUGUGCACAAUGAGCUAAUGAUAAAAAUCUAGACAAUUAUUGCUUGCGAAUAUUUGUGCAGACGAUGGACGAAUGUUGUGCGAUGACAACUGUGGUGUAAAUUGAGAAAUGGCUUAAUAAUAUAUACGGUUUUGUGUUUACACCUAUUCACUUGAUUUUUAAGUAUAUAUUUCUAUAUUCUAGCUACAUGUACCUAUAUAAGCUGAUCUUUCUAUCUAUUUUCUUCAAUUUAGAAUUAAU